UUGACUUUAAGACCCCACUGAAGACUGAAUGAGCUCAAAUAUUCACAGUGCAAGAUUGUUGAACAUGAAACUAAAUAAUAAAAAGUCAUCUUGUUGUUGUGUUCUUCUUUCAGUGAUUCACACGCUGCAGUAUUUCACCACUGCGUCCUCUCAAGUUCCAAACUUCCCAGAGGUUGUGAUUGUUGGUUAUGUUGAUGGAGUUGAGAUUAGUUACUAUGACAGCAACAUCAGGAAAGCAGAAUCCAAACAGGACUGGAUGAACAAAAUCACAGCAGAGGAUCCAAAAUACUGGCAGAGACAAACAGAUAUCAAUGUUCAUAAUGAGUUUAAUGCCAAACACAACCUUGAAGUUCUUAAGAAGCGUUUCAACCAAACUGGAGGUGUUCACAUUUUCCAGAGGAUGUCAGGAUGUGAAUGGAAUGAUGAGACUGAUGAGGUUAAAGGUUGGCGUCAGGAAGGUUAUGAUGGAGAAGAUUUCAUAUCGUUGGACAUGAAGACAUGGACAUAUACUGCAGCAAAACCACAAGCUUUCCCCUCCAAACUCAAGUUGGACCAGAACAUAUUUCUACUAGACGACCUUAAGUAUUAUUACACUGAGGAAUGUCCUUCUUACUUGAAGAAGUAUGUGAAGAAUGGGAAGAAGGUCCUAAUG